UUGAAAAUAUGUCCUGAAAGCACGGAUAUUAAAGACAAAUUUGAAGCAUUUUUUGGUAAACCCGAACAUCGUAGUAAUCAGGAGCCAUUUUAUUCUGAACAAUCUUAUAAGGUUUAUGAAGAUAAAGAAAAACCUAUUGAGAUUGACGAUACUGGCAAAGCAAAAACCUUUACAAAUGUUAACGAAAUGUCAAAAAUUCUGACAUGGUCUUGUUUGGAUUCAUUGCGCGUAUUAAAUGAUGGAAUCUUACUAAAAUUGAAAAACAUUUUCGAAAUAUUGAGCCUCCAAACUACUCCGCAAAUUUACUCGAUGUCUGCAGAAACAGGAAAACUGCAAGAAAAUAUCAACUUUAUUAAUAACGUUAAAUUGCAUUUCCCACAUCUUCGGACUAUUAUCAGAGAGAUUUAUCAAAUACACAGCGACUGUAAGUUAUUGCUUGAUAUUGUCGAUUCUUUGGCAAGUGGUAAUGUGGAUAAGCUUCUGGAGCUAGGAAAGCAACCGACGGUAGGAAGUGCCGUUGUAGGGCGUACACCUGAUAGUGAAAUCGUGGAAGAUGAAUAA